GUCUAUCUAUCCAUCCAUCUAGCCACCGCCGUCAGUGCCUGCGAGGUAGAACCUUCUUGGUUCGUCGUACGGCUAUCAGACCCUUUCGGAGCAGAAUAUACAACACAUCUUUCCACCCGUGGCGGUUUGGGCUCAACGCUAUCUUGCAUGGCGCGAUAUGACACAUCGGCUGUCUCUUGAUGUCCAGCUCGAUGCUGCCAUCCUCGAUUUUGCUCCUAAAUACAUGAAGAGUCAAUUGGAGCACCUGGCCCGCGAAUGUGACGAGCGCCUUGAGCGUGAGUUGCUUCCACAAUUCCACGCCAUUUUGGCUCAAGUCGAUCAGGAGCGGGAUGCUUUCGAGAAACAAAAGCAAGCUGCCGUUCGCGACCUGCGUGCGCACCUCAAGCUUCUCCGCUUCGAUGCGGCGACAGUCGAACAGGCCAUCAACCAGCUUCAUGCCAUAGCACCCCGUCAUCUUGCUCUGUUCCCGAGCACUACGUCACUGACGUUGCCUAUGACCGCCUCUCCCUUCACCUCCGCCUCUACUUCGAACUCUCGCUCCACGCCUAGCCCGGCUGCUUCGUCUAAUAGUGCUUUUGACCAUCUUUCUGACGCAAUUCCAGGGAGCCAUGCUGCUUCCUUAACUGAGUCAACUCCGGCAGCAGAUGCGCUGGACUUAACGACCCAGUAUAAUACCACAAUGCCACCUAGUCUCGACUCUGCAACCCAAUCUUUAGCUACUGCUGAAAGUUCUAAGACUACCUGCAGCCCCAAACGGGACCAGAGUGCCGAGAGCGAUGCGUCGUGUAAGCGGCAAAGAACAGCCAAGGAGAAGAUAUCCUUGAAACUAGUAGAUCCCGACAGCCCGCGGACGGUUGCGUUCCCAAAUUUAAAAACAGGAGAAUGUAUAUUUCGCCAUGCAGACCGAGAAGGAUAUUUUGUCAUUCGAUGUGAACACUGCGAGCCACAAGGCAUCUUCACCGAGCCUCCUUUGAAGAACAAUAGGGCACUAAAGCAUUUUCAAGAGCAUGUCAAGUGCGCAUCUGGGGAAGAAGAGCUGACAAAUGAGUCCAUUUUCGAAAGAUAUGCGUGGCAAGUAUGGGGAGGUGAGAUGGCCAGUAAAUAUUGGAUUAGAGAACACGUUGGUUCAAAACCUCACACUUUUACUCCUACGAGAGCCCUCCAGGGUAAUUCCCUAGGAGAUCGUACGAGUAGUAUGCGCAAACACGACGCAGGUGAUGAUUUUUCAACCUCAUUCUUUAGAUUGCGAGAGUCAACUCGCAGCCUUCUGCCAAACCACGAGGGAGAACACGAAAAUCCCCGUCGUACUCUUAGAAAUGUACCACGGCUUGAUUAUGCAGAAAUGGUGGCACCAGGGAAUAAUGAUUUUGAGGCACCUAAGACAGUUAAGAUUACUAGGGCUACCGCAUCUCGUAAGCGCAGGCUGACGAAGCCUGGGGUCAAUUCGGUAGACUCUAAAAAACCAUUUGGCUAUAUGUCCGAACCUUGGCCGAGGCGAUCAGCUCCACGUUGAAGCCGUAACCUAUGUGUCGAAAGAGGUGGCAAUAAUAGCUAACAGUCUAGAACGGGAACAAGCCUCCAUGCGGACUAGUUUCUCUUACCUUCGAUCUUGACGAAAUAUUGCAAAAGAAAUACGACUAAAAAUAUUAACAGAAAUACGUUGAUAUGGUGGCAAUGGUAAAAUUGAUGAGCGGUGCUUGAUGAGUCACAGAUGCAUGCAUCAAAUCAUAAUCAAAUUCAUUCUAAAUGCAUAGCCAUCUGUUCGAAACACCAUAGAUAAGAAUUCAGCGAGUAGACGCAAUGUUGAAUUGAACUGGCG